CGCGCACCCUGGCAGCUCCAACCGCCGGUUCAGUAACGGCUAUAACGCCGUUUCUCACCCGCAAACGUCUCUAACGCGAAGAAUUUGUCAACCUAAAAUAUUUAUUAAUUAGUCGGCGUCUUUGACAGAAAUAUCGAUUUGUCGUCGCUGUCCCUGAAUGGCAGCCCUUGAUCUUGGACGCGCUCGAGCUUGAUUUGUUAAUUUUAUUUUUAUUUUGAUUAAAUAUUUCCGAGAAGGCCGACCAGACCACCGUAUAGAAUGCCUUCUUGGCUGAUAGUUGUUGUCGAAUAUAUGUGAAAAGUCGUUUUUUACGCGGAUUUAAAUGUGUCGCGCAGAAGGAGAAGGACCUCCUGUUUCUCUGCUGGUUUCAAACGAAGCGACGGUUUGGGUGAAAAAUCAUCGUUUUAUACCGAGGAACAACUGGGGCUAGAGAACGGCUACUGUUGCGCAGAGACACACACACACACACACACACACACAGAGACAGAGAGAGAGAGAUAGAGACAGAGACGGAGACGGAGAGGGCUGUUCGAAGCAAUAUGGCUGAUGGCUGGGGCUGGGGGCGCUGGCAGGAGCUCUCCAAAGCUGCUCGAUGCUAGCUGUGGCAGAUCGCAACCUCUCUCGCGGCGCCGACGGCAGCUCUAGAAUGACUAAUAAUAUCAACUACAAUAAAAACUCGGACUCUUCUGUCUCCAUAUCCAAGAUGGAUGUGACCAUCCCGUUCACUCCUGACGUGCCGUGCGAUAACAAUGGCCAGCGCAUGUGGUGGGCUUUCCUCGCCUCGUCCAUGGUGACGUUCUUUGGGGGUCUCUUUAUCAUCCUCCUGUGGAGGACCCUCAAGUACCUGUGGACUGUCUGCUGCCAUUGUAGCAUCAAAAACAAGGAGGCCCAGAAAGUGAAUAACGGGCAGGCAGAUGGGCCGCUGAAGAGCCAGGAUGAGAAGGACGAUGCUCCAGCUAGUGAGGUGGGCUGGAUGACCUCGGUGAAAGACUGGGCCGGAGUCAUGAUCUCAGCACAGACUCUUACAGGCAGAGUACUGGUGGUAUUAGUCUUUGCUCUCAGUAUUGGAGCCCUUGGAAUAUACUUCAUAGACUCAUCUGACCCUAUAGAAUCCUGUCAGAAUUUCUACAAAGACUUCACGUUACAGAUCGACAUGGCCUUCAACGUGUUCUUCUUACUCUACUUUGGUCUGCGUUUUAUUGCAGCAAACGAUAAACUGUGGUUCUGGCUGGAGGUGAACUCUGUGGUGGAUUUCUUCACGGUGCCACCAGUGUUUGUGUCCGUGUAUCUUAACAGAAGCUGGCUGGGUUUGAGAUUUCUAAGAGCCUUGAGACUGAUACAGUUCUCUGAAAUUUUACAGUUUUUGAAUAUCUUAAAAACAAGUAAUUCCAUCAAGCUGGUGAACCUGUGUUCCAUCUUCAUAAGCACAUGGCUCACAGCUGCAGGAUUCAUUCAUCUGGUGGAAAAUUCAGGGGAUCCUUGGGAUAACUUCCAAAAUUCUCAGCCACUUUCAUAUUGGGAAUGUGUAUACUUACUCAUGGUCACUAUGUCAACGGUGGGGUACGGGGACGUCUGCGCGAAAACCACACUCGGACGACUUUUCAUGGUCUUCUUCAUUCUUGGCGGUUUGGCCAUGUUUGCCAGCUACGUCCCUGAAAUCAUAGAGUUAAUAGGAAACCGCAAGAAAUAUGGUGGUUCCUAUAGUGCGGUAAAUGGCAGAAAGCAUAUUGUGGUCUGUGGUCACAUCACGCUCGAAAGUGUAUCCAACUUCCUUAAAGACUUCCUACACAAGGACAGGGAUGAUGUCAAUGUAGAAAUUGUUUUUCUUCAUAAUAUUUCCCCUAAUCUUGAGCUGGAAGCCUUGUUUAAACGUCACUUCACUCAGGUGGAAUUCUAUCAAGGAUCUGUUCUUAACCCACACGAUCUAGCUAGAGUCAAGAUCGAAUCAGCAGAUGCAUGCUUAAUUCUUGCCAACAAAUACUGUGCAGACCCAGAUGCUGAGGACGCAUCGAACAUAAUGAGAGUAAUAUCUAUCAAGAAUUACCAUCCAAAGAUAAGAAUAAUUACUCAAAUGUUGCAGUACCAUAACAAGGCCCAUCUGCUAAACAUUCCCAGCUGGAACUGGAAGGAGGGCGAUGAUGCGAUCUGCCUGGCCGAGCUGAAGGCGGGUUUCAUAGCGCAGAGCUGCCUGGCACAGGGCCUGUCUACCAUGCUUGCCAACCUCUUCUCCAUGAGGUCAUACAUCAAGAUUGAAGAGGACACAUGGCAGAAAUAUUAUUUGGAGGGGGUGGCCAAUGAGAUGUACACUGAGUACCUGUCCAGUGCCUUUGUGGGCCUUUCUUUUCCUACAGUUUGUGAGCUGUGCUAUGUGAAGCUCAAGUUGCUGUUGAUUGCUAUUGAAUACAAGUCAGAGCAGAGGGAAAGCAGUAUUCUGAUCAACCCUGGGAAUCAUGUAAAGAUGCAGGAGGGAACCUUGGGAUUCUUUAUUGCCAGUGAUGCCAAAGAGGUCAAAAGAGCAUAUUUCUACUGCAAAGCUUGUCAUGACGACAUCACAGAUCCCAAAAGGAUCAAAAAAUGUGGCUGCAAGAGACCCAAGAUGUCCGUCUACAAGCGAAUGAAACUGGCAUGUUGUUUUGAUUGCGGGCGCUCUGAGCGCGACUGCUCGUGCAUGGCAGGCAGUGUACAUAGUAACAUGGACAGCCUUCAGAGGGCCUUCCCACUUUCUUCUGUCUCUGUUCAUGAUUGCUCAACCAGUUUACGUGCCUCCAAAUAUAAGUAUUACGGAUAUGUUACAUCACCAGCAGAUGGCGCUACAACUCCAGGGAAAACAGGAGGUCAGAGAGAGGCUGGGGUUCGGUUCAAAGCAGAAUGGAUUUUAGUUGAAGACGAGCAUCCAUCAACGCUGUCACCCAAAAAGAAGCAGCGCAACGGAGGCAUGCGAAAUUCACCCAACUACUCACCCAAAGUGAUGAGACAUGACCCUUUACUUAUUCCAGGAAACGAGCAGAUUGAGAAUAUGGACGUUAAUGUGAAGAGAUAUGACUCCACUGGAAUGUUUCACUGGUGUCCUUCCAAAGACAUUGAGAAAGUCAUUCUGACGAGAAGUGAGGCCUCCAUGACGGUUCUGAGUGGACACGUCGUGGUCUGCAUAUUCGGAGACGUCACUUCUGCUUUAGUGGGUCUGCGAAACUUGGUGAUGCCUUUAAGAGCAAGUAACUUCCAUUACCAUGAGCUGAAGCACAUCGUGUUUGUAGGCUCACUGGAUUAUCUGAGGAGGGAAUGGGAAACCCUUCACAACUUCCCCAAGCUUGCCAUCUUACCUGGCACACCGUUAAGUCGAGCUGAUUUAAGGGCUGUAAACAUCAACCUUUGCGACAUGUGCGUUAUCCUGUCAGCCAAUCAGAACAAUAUCGACGAUGCUUCACUGCAGGACAAGGAAUGCAUCUUGGCAUCACUCAACAUCAAAUCUAUGCAGUUUGAUGACAGCAUUGGGGUCCUGCAGGCUAAUUCCCAAGGUUUUACACCUCCAGGAAUGGACAGAUCAUCUCCAGACAACAGUCCAGUGCAUGGGUUGGUUCGCCAGGCAUCUGUCACCACUGGCUCCAACAUCCCAAUCAUAACUGAACUAGUAAAUGAUUCAAACGUUCAGUUCCUGGACCAAGAUGACGACGAUGACCCGGAUACAGAGCUGUAUCUGACACAACCUUUUGCCUGUGGGACAGCUUUUGCUGUCAGUGUCCUCGACUCUCUCAUGAGCGCUACGUACUUCAACGAUAAUAUCCUGACGCUGAUCCGGACGCUGGUGACAGGAGGGGCCACGCCAGAGCUGGAGGCGCUGUUGGCCGAGGAGAAUGCUCUGCACGGGGGAUAUAGCACACCGCAGACGCUAGCUAACAGGGACAGGUGUCGCGUGGCACAGCUCGCCCUCUACGAUGGCCCUUUUGCAGACUUGGGGGACGGAGGUUGUUAUGGGGACUUGUUCUGUAAAGCAUUAAAAACAUACAACAUGCUGUGCUUUGGAAUCUAUAGACUAAGAGACGCACACCUAAGUACACCGAGUCAGUGCACAAAAAGGUAUGUCAUCACCAACCCGCCCUAUGAAUUCGAGCUCGUCCCCACAGACCUGAUCUUCUGCCUGAUGCAGUUUGACCACAACGCAGGUCAGUCGCGCACCAGCCUGUCCCAUUCGUCUCAUUCCUCGCACUCAUCCAGCAAGAAGAGCUCGUCAGUUCACUCCAUCCCCGCCACCAACCGGCCCAACCGCAGCAGCAAGACCCGCGAAAGCCGUGACAAACACAAUGCAACAAGGAUGAAUAGAAUGAGUCAAGAAAAGAAAUGGUUUACAGAUGAACCAGAAAAUGCCUACCCAAGGAACAUUCAAAUCAAGCCCAUGAGCACUCACAUGGCCAAUCAAGUCAAUCAGUACAAAUCCACUAGCAGCCUGAUUCCACCAAUCAGAGAAGUUGAAGAUGAAUGCUGAAUCCCAGGCUUUUGAAAAGUUGGAGCAUCCUGACGUAAAGGUUGAGCAGUGAUGAGGCAACGGUGAUGAUAAUAGCGAUUCGCUGUCAUUUAACACCUCCAAGGUUUUUUUUGUUUUGUUUUGUUUUUUUGGAACAUGGAUGGGGCCUCCUCUCCUAUGUGUAUACCUUUAAUGUUACUUCCAUGCUUUUGGAAACAUUUUAAUUUAUAAAUGUAUACAUAGUGAUGUAAAUAAUGACAAUCAAAUACGGAUUGUACAGCCCUCUAGCACUUUUUGAAAUUAUGUUUAAAAACGGUAAAGAAGUACUUCCUGUAAUUCAUUGCAAUAUCCUGUGUCUGUAGUGAGCUGACUCAGUGCAGAAGGCUUUGUGUUUAUGGAAGAUGAGGGUCACAGUCCUAUAGCUCGUUAACAUUACCCAAAGAACCUCAUCUGAAGUGUCACUUAAGCCCCACUACACACACACACAUAUAUAUAUAUAUAUAUAUAUAUAUAUAUAUAUAUACAUACUGUACAUGCGCCGUCAUCUGCUUUUUUUUUGCACUAAAUGUAAUAUUGGAAAAACUUGAGAACGGGCUUGUGAGGAGUGUAAACGUUUGGGGUGACGGCGCGGUGUGUAAACUCACCGGCCGACCGUCACCCACAGGCGACCGUUAAAGGUGACGAGUGCUGCGACAGGGUCCUCAGUCCUGCUUUGUGUGGAGAUGCUUUCAUUCAAGUAAAUGUCGCACACAAUGUUGGACAUGCAGAGCGGAAAAUCUAUUUCAUUUCCAUUCACAAGAAAGCAGUGCGAGUCAUCGUGUAUGGGAAUGUACUUAUUUAUACUCAUGUAAUAACGCCAGAGGUCAUCUCCAGCGUAGCCCUAAGAAAUUGGCAAUACAUCAUCAGGAUAUGCACUACUUUUGUUGAUGUCUUUCCAUCAUGCUUGACUGCUGGUGUUGCUGUGGUUGUUACUAAGAUGUAGGAUCAAGGCUCAUAAUGCACGUGUUCAGGAGAGACACAAAAAUCGAAUUCUGCUGGUUUACAUGCCACACUCGCGAUGCUGAUAAUGUCACUGUGAUUGAGCUUCGAAGCGUAUUUUAUUUUAUAAAAUUCUCUCCGAUUUCUAAUUAAAGAAAAUACUUGGAAGAUGUAGGGAAACGUGCCACAUAUUGCGAAAAGUGGGCAUCCAUGGUUCCUCCUUCUGAUCGGUGCCACUGCCUGACAAUUUGUUGGCACAGAGGCAGAGACGUACUUGGAUGUUCUCUGUGGCCAACCGCGAUGCCUAAAUUUUACAGAACCUCCAGAUAUAUGCGAAGCAAUCACGGCUGUCAUUAUCAUGUAAAGAGAGUGUGGUACAGUGUGGUGUGUCGUUCUGCGGUUAUACGAGACGGUAUGAACUCCACCCCACGUUACGCUGAAACAUGUGGUGUAGUGAGUCUUUACGUGGGACGUGUAAUACAUAAAUACAUACGUUAAGCAAAACUUUGCUUGAAGUGUUCUGUCAGAUUUAUACAUAUACUGUACGUACAUAGUUAUUUUUUAUCCAUAUAAGCAUAAUCAUUUUUGUACUUAUUUUUAUACAUAUCAAAGAACUUUAUUUCUAAAAUUAUCUUAAGUAGAUAUUAACAAGGCUUCAGUACACACCAGUUAAGUUUGUCCAUUUUGACUCUUGGCAACAUAUCAUGCUUUUAAAAGGACAAGCGAACCGUCCAUCUCUCGUGCUACAGGAGAAAGUCACAAAAUUCCAGCAUCAGCUGUCUGUCUGCUUUUCUGGGAGAGUUUUUAAAUACAACAUAGUUGAGCUGCUUUGAAGGACCUACUGUAGUUAUAUCGAUUAUAAUAUUGUACUAUUCGUUAUUUUUUUUUCUUUUAUGGGCUGAGAUAAACUAUUGAUACAUUAAUUAGAUGUAAACUGUGGUAUAAUUUCAAGCUGAAAAUGGAAAUCGGUGGUGAAAAUGCACAUGAGGACGGGUCAUUGCCAACGGCUUGCGUCUACUCUCUGUCUCUCAGGGUAGAAUCGAUCGUAAUCACUGAUACUGACCUAAAUUAGGUCUCAGGAAAUAGAUGUAACAUGCUGAAAUAUUUUCAUGUGCAUUAACUGUAUAAAUAUGUGUAAAACUGUGUGAAAUGGCACAGUUGGGAGGAUGUGCAGUUCGCCUCAGUCACUGAGCUAAACACCAUCUAAUGCUAGAUAGAAGAAAAAAAAAACAACUAUUAGCAAUUUUAUAACUGACGAAAAAAUAUAUAUGGUAACGCUUAGUGUUGAAGUAUGUUGUGUAAAUUCUGCCCAUUUAUAGGACACAUUUUAUUUUUGGAAGGGCAAGGAUCUCAGCUUUAAUGUUUGUCCACUGGAUGUAGUUUGAUCCUAAUGCAGCCCACUAGGCUCAAGUAAUUUUAAAUUGUGAAAACAUGGAUGUUACACUUUGUAGCAAGUAGGCCUCUUUAUAAAAAUAUAAAAAGAAAAAAAAAGUGAGUAAACUGUAUGUAAAAUUGAAUUGUUAAAUAACAUACUUGCUAUUCUGGAGGAAAAAGGGAAAAAUUAAUCACAGAUUUUAAAAUAAUAAUAAUAAUAAUAAUAAUAAUAAUAGAGACAUUUUUAAAGGAUUUGUCCUAAAUUCUUUUCCUGUAAUGAAACUCGUGUAGAACAUUAGCGAAGGAGAGCCAAAGUCUGGUGAUGAAUGUUUCAAAUGAAGCGAAUCUCAGAGACUGGAAUUUCAGUUCUUUCCUAUCAGAGUUUACAUUCCAUAUUGCCAGUUUGUAAGCAAUUAUAUGUUAUAGUAAUACAGUCAUUGUUUAAAAUGCUCACUAUCACUUAUUUGUUUACAAAUAUAAUAAUUAGUAUAUAUCAGGAAUGUUUUUUUCUCCUCUGUCAAUAGAUUUAUUUUAUUCUUUAAAAUUUACAUUAUGAUUUUUUUUCUUUAGACAGCUAAAGUCUGUCCAUAAAGUGAUAAUCAAGACUUGUCCUUCAGCUUGACUUUAUUCUUGUGUGCAACAAAAGCCACAGCAGUUCCAUGCAGCAUGUGUUUGUGUGUGUGUGUGUGUGUGCGCGCGCGCGUGCGUUUGCGUGUCUGCGCGUGUGUGUGUGCGUACCUGCUGUGAGAUGAAACCGUUGUUCUCUACAUAUCAGACUGUCUAAAGUGCCAUGACGUUGUGUCUGAACCAGCAUCCUUCAGUCAGAUGUUCAAAUCUUAAAGAAGAUUAAGUGGCAUCUAAUCCUGGCAUGGGGAACAUCCAAGUCACGCAAGCCUCCAUGCCAGGGCAAGAGCAGGCAGUGCUGCGGUCAGACCGAGGAGGAACAUCUAAAGACCCACUAAAGCGAAAAGUGGCACGUAAGGGAGAGAGAGAGGGCGUAAAGAUUCACUUAUGAAGCAAAUUGAUUGUACACAUUUAACCCCAGAAAUCUAAGGCAGCAGGACAGAAGACACUGACUGAAAGAUGCUGGGCACUAAAUGAGUUGUAACGUGUCUGUAUGCUCAUCUGUCCACUUGUUCAAGAGUGUUCUCUCAGACAAUUAUUCUACUGUAAAACUCAGCUGUCACUACAAUGUUACAGACUGUAUUGAAUAUAAUAUGCUUUAAAGAAUUAAGUCUUAACUGAAAGUAAGCUGCAACUGCUUUAGGAUUAUUAUUUUUUAAAUAAAAAUUGAGAGAUUUCUGUUUCAUUAUUUGGCUGUUCAUUACAGGAAAAGGGAGUUUGAACUGUUUUAGAGAAAUGGAGAGAUUGAUGGUGCUGAGUUGAUCUACCUGACUCUGUCGAAUAUAACCUGCUGAUAAACAUACUGUCUUGUACAAAAAGUUUGUACAUAAAUUGUACAUGUUUCUUUUUGUAUUUUCUCAAAUUAAAAUGGAUGUAUUUGUGUUCUA